AUGAUCUACUCCGAGUCCGGUUCAAUUAGCAUGUUCGCCUUUGUAUAUUAUAAUGUUUUGCUUGCCAUGUACACCUUUCACAUCUUCCGCAGAUGGUACUUCAACAUCGACGGUCGUUUUGAUCUGCGUCAACUAAUUCGUGAACCGGAAAACACGGUAAAAAUACAGUACUCCAUAGCCUUGUUCACUCCGACCGUGUUGAGCAUUCUGAUAUUCGCCUGUGUUCGUCAUUACUAUGGUUUCAUACAAUUCCUGUGGACAAUUACAUGUAUACUGCAAAUUGUACUCGCAAUUGGACUUCUGUGUCUUGAAGCAUUCGAAGUGUUCGUCAAAGGAAAUUAA